CAAGAAACGCCAAGAUUCCGGUGAUGACCAAAGUUCAGAAUCAGGAAACGGCAAUGGUGCGAGUAAGAAACGCCAAACUGAUAACCAAGGUUCAGGAAACGGCUCCAAUGGUAAUGGUGAUAGCCAAGGUUCAGGUGCAAAUAAAAAACGUGCUGGUGCAAAAUAA